AUGCUGCUGAAGACUCUUACCUCCAUCACCGCUUUGGCGGCCGUCGCUUCCGCCAAGUUCUUCUACGUCGGCGUCGCAGAGAGCUCUGGCGAGUUUGGCGUGUACAGCCAGACGAAGCAAAAGGGUUUUGGAUUGCCGGGUCGAUUUGGGGUCGACUAUCAGUUCAUCGACCAGAAGGGUAUCGACAUUCAUGUUGAUCAGAACAAGAUCAAUCUCUUCCGAAUCGCCUUCCUGCUGGAACGCAUGUGUCCUGUGGCGGGUGGGCUUGGAGCAAAGUUCAACGAGACGCACUUUGAUUACUUCAAGCAGGCGGUCGACUAUGUCACUAAGACCAAAGGAGCGUACUGCAUCCUGGAUCCUCAUAACUAUAUGCGAUACAAUGACCCCUCUCAGCAGCCCAUGACUGGCUCCAUUAUUGGAGACACUGCCGACAGGACGGCGGCUACGACGGUACAGUUCGGCGCCUUCUGGGGCGAACUCGCCGGCCGCUUCAAGGACAACGAGAAAGUCAUCUUCGGUUUGAUGAACGAGCCGCACGACAUGAAGACAUCGCUCGUAAUCCAGAACAACCAGGCGGCCAUUGAUGCGAUCCGAAAGGCGGGCGCUAACCAGCUCAUUCUGGCUCCUGGAAACAGCUGGACUGGCGGUCAUGCCUGGACAGAGGGCAGUGAUCCCAGUACUCAAUUGACUCAGUUGAAAGAUUCCGCGAACAAUCUAGCCUUUGAUAUUCACGAGUACCUCGACACAGACUACAGCGGAAGUCAUGCCGACUGCGUUCAGCCGGCGACGAAGCUGGAUGGAGUGACAAACUGGCUGAAGCAGAAUAAGUACAAGGCAAUGAUUACGGAAUUCGGAGGCAGCAACACAACGCAGUGCGCCAGCAUGCUCACCGACUUCAUCAACUACAUGGACAAAAACGACGUCUACAUAGGUUGGACCGCCUGGGCUGCUGGGCCGUUCUGGGGUAGCAACUCCGCAUGCUGCACGGAUUCGAAGCAGUGGGGAAGCCUCGAGCCCACGAGCAAGGCAAGUGACGGAAGUCCUGGCCUCUAUGAAACGGUUUGGCUGAAGACCCUCCAACCGCUGGUACCUAAACAGCUUGUGUGGAGCGGGAUGUCGAGCGUAAACGGAGGUAACCUUACCACCAAACCGUGA